UGAGGAAGAACAAGAAGAAUCAAAGUCAAAAUAAAACAGUAGGAAAGCUGGAAAAGGGGAAAAACUGAUACAGAACGCUGGUUAGUGGUUACAGCUCCCGAUUUCCCAAACCAACAGACGAAGUGCAGAAACUAAACGGAACAAGGUUAUCGGUGUCUCCUCCUUUCACCGAGAAGAUGAACGGCGGUCCCUCCGGUUUCCACAAUGCUCCGGUCACAAAGAUUUUUGUUAUUGCUUCUGCUAUUUUCACCAUCGUCUUUGGGAUCCGAGGCCGUUCUAACAAUCUGGGUUUGUCCUAUCAGGAUAUUUUUGGAGCGCUUCAUAUCUGGAAGUUAAUUGGAUCAGUUUUUGCCUUUUCCUCUACUCCAGAAUUGAUGUUUGGACUUUAUCUACUAUACUACUUCAGGGUCUUCGAGAGACAAAUUGGUUCCAAUAAGUACUCGGUUUUUAUCUUGUUCUCAGUAAUAGUUUCAUUCCUCUUUGAAGUUUUGGCUCUAGCUGUGCUUAAAGAUCCCACAGUUAAUCUGCUCAAAUCUGGACCAUAUGGGCUUAUAUUUGCUUCCUUCAUCCCGUUUUACCUUGACAUUCCAGUUUCAACUAGGUUCCGAGUAUUUGGCAUCCAGUUCUCUGACAAGUCUUUCAUAUAUCUAGCUGGUCUUCAGCUUCUUCUAUCAUCUUGGAAAAGGUCUAUCUUGCCAGGGAUAUGUGGAAUCCUUGCUGGUUCUUUGUAUCGUCUAAACGUCUUCCACAUCCGCAAGGCAAAGUUCCCUGAGCGCGUUGCAUCAUUCUUUUCACGGCUUACAUGGCCUUCAGUGAAUACUUCAAUGGCACGAACUAGGAAUGCUGGAACUGCACCAUCUUACGCAACUCGCCAGGUGGAGAGAACCUAUCCUUCUUCCAUGUCUUCAGCAGUAGAGCCACCGGAGGAUUCCAUUGCUACACUGGUGUCUAUGGGUUUUGAUAGGAACUCAGCCAGGCAGGCACUUGUGCGUGCCAGAAAUGACAUCAAUGCUGCCACAAACAUCCUUCUAGAAGCACAGUCCUACUAAUUCAGUACAAACUACGCUGGUGAAAGUCACAUGCAGAUAGGUAUUUCCCCAAAUGUAAAGACCUGACGACCAAACAGGUGUCCAUCUUGAUGACAAGACUGAUCUGUCCAGCAGAAAUCUUCCAUGGCAGGCACAGCAUCCAUGGUGAUCAUUCUUUCUGUAGUUUCAUCUGCUUAUUUGAUUUGGUUUGUCGCUAUAAACUUCAGGAUUAGCAUCCAUUUAGCACCAAUAUGACCAAAAAAUAGGUGCUAGUAAAAUUGUUUUACAUGACAAUCAUGCAUUUGAAAGAUUCAGGCCAUAUAUAAGACAGUUUUCUAAUGCAGCAGCUGUUUGGGAGUAUACCUGUGUUAGUGUAUACAACUUUUGUAAAUUGUAGGUUGGAUCUUUUUGGCCAGCCCUGCUUAUCGGGGUACAUUUUGAAUGCAGAGCGUUUAUCCCUUCAGUCUUUGUCUGCAUAUUGCCUUUUAACAAUUUGUCUGUUAGCUAUUGAUUUCUUAUUAUCACUUUCGAGAAGUUUCUAUUUUCUCCCGAACAAAAUGAAUGGUUUAGU